AUGGCGUUCAGCUUUGGCUUCUCUGGCGAUGACAUUGAUAUUGAUGAUGUCGACAUCAACGAAGUCCCAGAAGUUAUUGUACAACAUGGCACUGACUCCCUCCCCGAGCUAGUGCAAGCUAGUAAACACGAUAUGAACGAAUGGCUGUCCGUUCUGCCCUCACAAAUAUUCUUCAACCGGCUGGUUCUCAAUCAAGAUGCUCCCGUUGUCAUUGCGCGUCGGGAAAUCUAUGAUAUCCGUACCCAGUUGAUGGCAGAAGAUAGUGUGGACCAUGAUAAUGCCGAGCUGAUUGCUGGUAUUGAAGAAGGUGACCUCAAGCCUAAUUUCUAUGAGGGUGGCUUCAAGACUUGGGAAUGUGCUUUGGAUCUUGCUAAACUUGUUACUGGUGAGAGCACAUUUAUUGAAUCUCUGGAUGAUCCACAGACAAAUGUUCAUAUUAUCGAGCUUGGUGCUGGCACUGCAGUACCGUCUCUGGCCAUAUUCGCCCAUCUUUUGAAGACAACGACAGGUACAUCGCAAUGCAAGACCCAUUUUACUUUUGCCGAUUACAACUCGUCGGUCCUGCGUCUGGUCACCCUUCCAAAUCUGCUGCUCACUUGGUGGAAUAGCCGACAGUAUCCUGUACCAUCCGCAGUAGAUGAACAGGCUCCGCAGGUCCGGCAGGAAGAAGAAGAAUUGGAUAUCACACCCGAGCUUCUGAAUGAGUUCCAAAGUGACAUAGCUCAGCGUGGAAUCUCAAUUGAUCUCAUCUCAGGGGCAUGGUCGCCUGAAUUCGUGGACCUGGCCUUUUCAACCCGUGACAGUGAUUAUAAGACAUUGCUUCUCGCUAGUGAGACUAUUUAUUCCCCCUCAUCAUUGGUGGCGUUUUCAGAAACCAUUUCGACACUGCUGUACAGAUCCAGUACCGCUUCUAUAAAAGCCCGGGCUUUAGUAGCAGCUAAGAAGGUCUAUUUCGGCGUUGGAGGCGGCGUGGAUGAGUUCCUUGCUGUUUUGAAGAAUUCAUGCGAGCAUGAGUUAGAGGUCCUGCAAAGGGUGGAUGUUCAGUCAGAAGGAGUCGGCAGGGUUGUCUUGGAAAUAACGCCAGCUACUGUCAUCUAG